GAGGAGAAUUAGCACUUGCACGAUGUCCUUUCUGAGAAAUUUUUUUUUUUCUCUCCCUUAUUGGCACAGACCUACACUCCAAAAAAUCCAAACGUCAAAGCUAUCUGAAAAAUCACGUAGAUCAAGAAAAAUGAACUUUUCGAGAAUUUACCUGACAAACAUAACAGUCACCGGAACAUCGAUCGAACUUAAAUGGACCGACAGUUGUGCUUACUGUGUUUCAAUAUGCCCCUCACGUUAAAACCACGUACAACCCUGAAUUCAUUUUGACAAUUGAACGUUAUGUUCACUUCUCGUUCAUUCUGUGCUGUACCCGCGUUGCAAGAUGGCGUCUUUUCAAAACAGUCUUCGAGAGUUGCUAACUGAUUUAGACAUUUCGGACCAUUUGCUGGAAAUAUUUGAUGAAUGUGGAGUUGAUUUUAUCGAUUUGUUGACAAUUUCCGCGGAUCAAAUCCGCAUAUCAUUGGAGCCGACGCAAAUCACUUGGAAAUACGCAGUCCUUUUCGAAAUUAUUUCGUCUUGGCGAACAAGAAACGAAUCCAAAAUUACCGAUUUAGUUUCGGCAUUGCCGGCGGGAUACCGAUUGCAGCUUACUGGAAAAGUUAGUUUUGAUCCACAUUCGCUUGUAUGUACUCAGCUACCGCCGCGCCGAUCUACUCCGCCACACCAAUCUACUCCUGAUAAAUUUGCUGCUCAUCAGCCAUCCACUUCUUCGGAGGAGGUGGAAGCCUUGGUGGAAGCAACAACUGGACAGCCGGAUUCUGAAAGUUUUUCACCAGUCGUUGCCGAUAGCGUUGCCAGCUUUUCGGGAAUCGAAGAGAACAAGACUGAACGCGAUAAUCGAAGCCAAGAGGGUUCAAAACUUAUCUGUUUUCCUUCAACACCGGAGCCGGAACACCCAGUGGAAACUGCCUCAGUCUCCAUCCGAUUGAUUGAUACAACGAAUAGUUGUGAUCAAGCCGACGGGGAAACCUGUCAAAUUCCGCUUACCCAAAGAGAGAGCGCGAAUAAAGCAGUCCCGCAGUUUCAGCUCGCUUCGACUUCUUCGGAUCCCACUGCCCCGGAACAUAUAUUGAUAACGCUGCCCGUAUACGUGGAUGAAUCAGCAGCUGCUUGCUCUGAUGGAACCAGAAGAGGAUUUCCUACCAUCGUCAAUAUUUCGGACGGUACCUAUGUGUCAGUGAACCCUGGAAGCGCCUUGGAAGUGGGAGAGCCGAACAAAAACAACAACCAUCUCUCAGCGGAUUCGGAAUCGGAAAAUUACAACGCAUCCUCAUCUGCCGCAUGCCAACUGCGAUUCACCAGAGAAACAGCCGCGUCCUCCGUCAGACUUGAAGAGACAACAAACAGAUGCAAUCUGUUUCAAUAUCUCCAAAUCGCUUCGACUUCUCGUAAUGCUUCUGCACCGGAAAGUGUCCUAAUAACGCCACAGGCUUCAACUCAUGAAGCAACAGCUGCUUGCCCUGGUGGAACAGUAGGGAUAUUACCAUCCAUCGAUAGGGAUUCGGAUGCUUCGUCCGUAGAAUCUGAAGAAAUACUUAAAGAAGUAGAUCCAAACAAACGAAACAAUCCUCAGCCAGCCAAGCCGAAACAUACCAACGAAUCCUCUCCUGUCAUUGCUACAAGAGCGGUUUCACAGAAUGAGUACGACGUUUUUACACCGAAAGUUUUGGAACAGCUGCUGAGAGUAUCUGAAGGAGGAAAGGAAAUUCUACAAUAUGGUGCCACAGGAGAACUUUCGGAUGACAAGCAGCAGGAACUUUGCACAAUCAUUGCAAAACACCAUUUGAGCACCAGAAGUAAGCUACUAACUGAUGACCUUCGAAAGUACACGCUGGCAGUUACGUCACUAUUCAAGUUUGAACGAGAAGAAAACUACUUCAUCCCAAGAGGCGGAGAUAGAAAAAAUCACGGAGGAAAAAUAGCAAAUAAGAUAGGCAACUUGAAGCAACGGAAACGAAAACGCGAAGCCAAGGAGAACGAGUAUCAAUCAGCCAAACAAGUGAAUGUUGAGCCCAAAUCCACUCGUAACGUAGUGGCUGAAGAAGCAGUAGAAUGGUUGAUGCUGAAUACUGAACCAUGGGGCGUUGUGCUUGACCGGUGGAGAACUAGUUACGAGCUGCGUAAGGUAGACUUAUUGUCCCAUAAACGCAUUCCGAAAAUUUUUACGACAUAUCCGCAAUACAAGUGCCAUCACGGUUUUCAGCUGAUCGAUAUUGAUUUCCAAAAAGCAUUUCCGAAUGCGGAGAAUGGAUGGAUGAAGCUGCCGCUGUUGCUACCUCGGAUUACAGAGUACAUCAAGAAAAGAGCAUUGGACCCGUCAGCGGCACAGUUACUGAAGCAGCUGUUUGACGAAGGCGCCAAUAACGAUAAGAAAGUAUGUGCACUGUUGCUAGCGCUGAACACCGUUUUACCGCCUAUUGCAGCUGCAUCUCGUUUGAAGCCUACCAUCUUGAUUGGACAAGAGGACACACUGAUUUUCGUUGAUGCCAAAGAACAAGCUCAACUGAAAGUUCAAGAAACAUAUCGGAGUUACACCGAGCUGAACCUGCCGAUUGUACCAAAACUGAUUGCAGUGGGGAAAAACUUGGACCAGCUUCAGGGAACCUUCGUGGUCUGCUACGGUGACAUAUGCUAUGAGUUCCAGUCAGCGUCAAGAGCAGUAGACAUACUUAUCAAGCUAACAGCAGUGCUCGGACUUCCGUUUUCGAAAAUUUCUAAACUGGUUUGGCACUUUCUCAGCGGCUGCAUUUACGGCAUACAACAAAAAGAAUCCUACGCGUCUAUUAACAAACUAAAGGUUUAUCUGGACAAAGGAUAAUACAAUAAUACAAAUAGUUGUCAGCAUGUCGCAGAUUACCUGUAUGAUCUAUGGCUGUUCGAUCCUUUCCGCCACACCAAAUGAAUAUCUCUUACAUCUUAAGGACUACCACAACGUUCCUGCUGUAUAUCAGUAUCGAUGUACGAUAUCCAAUUGUCCUCAAGUAUUUUCUAAAGUAUAUCCAUUCAAAAAACACAUCAACCAUCAUGCCGGAUAUCAGAACCUCGACCAUAGAAAUGUCGAACAUACUACCAGUGCCAUUAGCCAGCAAAGUCAGUCAUCGCCGGGGCCUUAGAAGUUCAUUUUCGUUUAACACAAUUGACGAAUUGCGACGACUAAUUAACGAUCAUCAUAGUAUGUAUAUAGAACUUUUUAAAAGAGAGCUGAAACCUAAGCACCAUUUCCUUGUGCAUUAUCCUUCGGUGAUAAGUGCAUCAGGUCCAGCAGCAGAUAUGAUGUGCUUCAGAUACGAGGCAAAACACAGAGCCUUCAAACAAUAUGCGCAUAUUAUGCCUUCCAGGAAAAAUGUUUGUUAUUCGCUAUGCAUCAAAGCUACGUUGCAAUUUACGUACGAUAUCUACAAUCAAUGUUUUUUUGAGGGACUUGUUACUGGUAAUUUUAAAAUGUUUGAUUUGCGUUUGCGUAAUUAUUUUUGCAAGUUAAUACAGCCAUUGAACAUUGAUUCAGACUUGAACGUGUUGUUAUCAAGUAGCGUAGAGUAUAAAGGAACUGAUUACAAUACUGGAUAUUUCAUAACUUUGUUGGAAAAUGAUAAAAUGUACCUAUUUGAAAUCAUUGAAAUCAUGAAGCAUACUCACGGGCUAUACUUGAUAAUGCAACAUUGGGAGGUAGGGGAAUACUAUGAGCAUUUGUUGGCGUAUGAAGUAGUGCGAUGUUUACCCGUAGUGGAAGUGCUGAAAAUUGACUUGUUUGAUAGUUUCCCAGUAUCUGUACAUAAAAUAGGUGAUAAGUCAUAUUUUAGAGUUAAGAAUAGUUUAAAUGACUAAUGCAAGUUUUUUGUAUUUCUUGAAAUAAAUAUUCCAUUGUAGUAU